AUGCAAUACACUUCUGCUCUAGCUCUAUUGAGUGCCGCUGCUCUAGCCUCCGCUUCCACUCCAACUGCCGAACAAACUGCUGAAUUGGUUGUUCUUCUAAAUGAUGUCAACGACAAUUUCUCUGCCUACACUACCUGGUUCUUAUCCUCUGGUAGUGCUAUCCCAGAUGGUAUUAUUGACAUCUACAUGGCUGUCCAUACCGCUACUGAUGAAUCUUACACCACUAUGUUCACUGGUGUCGACAUUGAUGCUUUGUUAGCUAUGGCUACCUCUGUCCCAUGGUAUUCUUCUUACCUAUCUUCAGAAAUCGCUGUUGCUAUUGCUAGUGUUGAAGCUACUGAAGUUCAAAGUACUUCUGUUGCUACUUCCUCCUCUGCUGCUGCCACCUCUGCUGCCGCCACUUCUGAAGCUGUCUCUUCUGAAGCUGCUACUUCUGAAGCUGCUACUUCUGAAGCUGCUACUUCCGCUGCCGCCACUUCUGCUGCUGCCUCCUCUGAAGCUGCCUCUUCUGCUGCCACCUCUGCUGCCGCCACUUCUGCUGCUGCCACCUCUGCUGCCGCCACUUCUGCUGCUGCCUCCUCUGAAGCUGCUACCUCUGUUGCCUCUUCUGCCGUCGCUCAAAGCAACAUUACUUCUACUGUUUCUUCUGCUGCCACCUCUUCUGUUCAAAGUAACAUCACUUCUCAAGAAACUACCACUAACACCGUUACUGAUAUCAGUAGUCUAACCACUACUUACUGUCCAGAAAGUGAUGAAGCUACCGCUACUGCUUACGCUAACUCUACUAAGACUGUCACUGUUUGUGAUGAAGCUUGUCAAUCUAGAAAGGCUGCCGAAGCUACUACCACUAUCAGCUCACUAACAACAGCUACUGUUACCUCAUGUGAUGAAGCUUGUCACGCUUCUAAGUCUUCUGCUGCCGCUGCUACUGUUACCAACACUCAAGUUACCACUGCUACUGUUACUUCUUGUGAUGAAGGUUGUCAAGCUUCUAAGGCUGCUGCCAGUACUACCACUGUCAAGGUUCAAGUUCAAACUUCUUCCUCUGCCACUAACACUGUUGCUGUUCAAACUGCUAACGGUGCCAUCAAGCAAUCCGCUGGUGUUGCUGCUGUUGUAGGUGCUGCUGUUAUGCUCCUAUUGUAA